AUGGAAAAGAGAAAGAAAAAGACUACAUCUGAAAUUGACAAAACUCAAAAAAAACUUCUCGAUUCAAAAACUUCAAUCAAAAAAACAUCAACCGGUACAAGCAAAACCCAAUUGUUUGAUUCCUCCACAAAUAAUGUCGACAAAACAAGUAUCAACAAAAAAUCCACAUCACAAAAGGAGAAAACAACAACAGAUCUGCAAAAAAAGGAAAAAGUUAGUAAAUCUAUUAUACAAAACGGUUCUAAAACAAGACUCGAUAAAGAUAAAGAUAAAGAUGUUUCUAAAACAAAGGUAGAAGGUAAGAAAAUUGAUACAAGUAAAAUUAAAAACGUGCAAGCAGAUAAAAAGUAUGCAAAAGUACCAAUAAACUCAAAAGAAAACUCUUUCGUUGAUCAAGUGCCUUAUAAUGCAACAAAAACUAAGUUAGUUAAACCUAAAGUCGAUGAUAAAACAGGUUUAGAUAAAAAGAAACGUAUCGUAGCUGAUAGAUUGAAAAAUGGUGAUGCAAAAGUCAGUUCGUCGAAGAAAAAAGAUAGAGUUAUGGCUACUCAUACAAAUGUUACUGUACAGUCGCCUGUUCAUUCGAAACAGAACUCUUUGGUUGAAGAUUUGUCACAAAAUUAUAAUGAAGUGUCUUCUAUGUAUAAAUCGACACCAGAAGCUUUUGGUGACAACAUAAAAGUGUCUUCUAAGACAAAAUCAAGACCAGAAGAUCUUGGAGACAACAUAAAAGUGUCUUCUAAGACAAAAUCGAUACCAGAAGCCUUUGGAGACAAUAUAAAAGUAUCUUCUAAGUCAAAAUCGUCCUCAGAUAACACAGAAGUGCCUUCUUCUUCAAAACCAACACCAGAAUCUCUCCGUACCAACACCGAAGAGUCUUCUAUCUCUGCACCUAAAAAACUGAAGCGUGAAAAAACCUUGAUCCUGGAAACAAACGAAAUAAAAAUCCUUAAAAAUAUUAGCUAUACCAUCGACUUGGACAACCCCGAUGCGGAAAUAUCUUUAACAAAUUAUCCAAACGAUGACGAAAAUUACGACUACGAGGACGAUUUUGAAAGUUACGAAUCAGAUUUCGAAUCUUGUAGUUCUAGUUCACCAGAAAACCAGGAAGAAGACACAUCUGGGAGUGACCAGGAGGAAGAUAACGAAAAUUUAUCAUCUAAUAACGAUUUAGAUAGUUCUAAGGAUAUGGCAGCUAAUAAAGAUGGUACUUUUAAAGAUUCUGGUGCAUCAAAAGUUUUUACCCAAGACGAGGAACGUAAAUUGGAUUCUGGUAACUUUGAUUUGCCUUCUAAACCGACUUUAAGUUCACCACCUACGUUAACAGACAUCAAUGAAACCGACAACGUGGUUGAUGAAGGAUUUGCUGAACAAUCCAAUCCAAAAAGUGAUCUUUUAACUGAAGAAUCAUCAUUAGGUGAUGAUAUUGUUGUCCAUUACGUCGAGAUGCAACCUUUAACUUACAAAGAAUUCAUGGACAAUAGUCUUCACCAGGAAUCGCUACAAAUACAAGAAAAUCAAGAUAUGAACAUCGAUGACCUUUACCCCAUACCUCGGUACAUCACCGAAACUGAUAACGCCUUAAAUCGGGACUUCCCCGUAGACUUUCCCAAACUGAAUACUUUCCUAAGAAAAGCCGCAAAAGAAGUUCUGUCUUGUUUAGAAGAACAGUUGCAGCCGAAAUUGAAGCACAAUAAAGAAAACCUGGAUUUUAGCGAAGGAUAUUAUAAAAUGCACCAAGAUUUAUUCAAAGGAAUUCCUGCCAGUUGUUUGUGUUUUCAAAACAACAAAAAAUUUUUGGCAGCAGCUUUUAAUGAAGUCAAUUUGAAAAACGAGAGGCGCAAUGCUUUGGAUUUGGGUUCUGGGGAUGAUAUUGAUAUAAGAAGGACUAAAUCGGAUAGUUACAUCUGCAUAUGGCACAUACAAGACAUUUCAAGUCCAAAAUACAUUUUAAACUCAAAAUCAGCAAUUAAUUGCUGCAGUUUUAUAGAUAAUUAUGUUCUAGUUGCUGGAUGCAACGACGGAUCUUUACUAUGUUGGGAUUUAGAUGAAAACACAAGUAAAUUUGAUGAAACUUUUAACAGAAAUAUAAAGUUACCGAGUCAGGUUAUAAUGGAAGAGAAUUCUGAGCGUGGUUCCAUCACACAGAUAACUUUUAUGAGUGAUACGGAGUAUGAUAUUAAUACACAGGUCUGUGUCCUUUACAAAUACGGCUACAUCUCCAUCUGGACAAUCGUCAAAAACCAACAAACCACUCUCAAUCAACUAAAUUUAUCAAAAGACUCCUCUGGCCUAUCUCUACAAAGCAACGUCCGUCUAUUCAACAGCCACACGUUGAAAAUAAAACCGUUGAAGAGCAAUAAAUUGGAACAGUUAUUAGAAAACCAAGAACCACUUUUCAAUGAUACAAAUAAAAAGGACUUCAACAAUAUGUUGAAUGAUUCGAAUAUGGAUUUGGAGUAUUGUAAUAUGUGUUUAGAUGCCACUGAUCCUCGACUUGUUUAUGUCUUUGCAAAACAUUCACAGUAUGUUGUUGCUUGUAAUGUCAGUUGGGAUGAUCGAUUUCAGUAUUAUUCUUUCGAUAAUGAUACUCCCCUUCAUCUAUGCUCAAACCCCAACAAACAACCCUGGUUCUCGCUCCUAUGCACAGAGAACAUUUUCAUAUUCAAAAAAUUCCAUCCAAAGCCCAUAAUCAAAAUUACAAUGUCUACAAAUUUACACCAAAGUCGACCAAAACCGAAUGAAUGUUACAUAAAAAGCUCUCCGAGCCAUCCUGGACUUUUGUUUUCCAUAAAAAAUACACAUUUGUGGAUAUUGGAUGUAGUGAAACAAGAAAUUGUGUGCGAAGGUGAUUUUAAAGAGAAAAUUAAGGAUGUUGAGAUGUGUCGGAGGAUGGACAGGGAUUAUCUGAUAAUAUCCCUUAAGAAUCGCAUAGAAGUUCACAAAAUAUCAAAGAAAUAUCGUUUAAACACUUCAGACGACAUUAUUAAGUACCAAGAAGAGUUGUCGGAUUUUAUAAAAUUGUUUUAA